AUGACACUUUAGGCAGGAGGUUCCGAUCACUGUGGUCAGCGGGAGCCGAGAAACAUGCCCGAUCCGCUCCGUGCGCUCUCCCGCUCCUAGUGUUGGCUCGACGUCAGAUGCUGUGCGGCAGUGCAGCAGGAGGAGCUCGGGCUGGCGAGGCUGCCGCUCUCCCCCUCUCACCCCUUCUCCAAUCUCUGCCUGUGUCUCUCUCUAGAUGGAUUCCUUCAAGCUCUGCCCUGCCUAACAUGGACGCCCCGCCACCUCCACCACCACCACCUCCACCGUCAUCUUCCUCAGCUGAGUCGGAGGGCUGUCUCUCCUUGGCGCAGUGAGCCGGACACGCAGUGCUUUUUUCUUUUUCUUUGUUUUGGCCAAAUGGAUGUGGGGAAACCGCUGCCCAGCCCGCCGGUGGUGACCAUGCCGUGAUCUUGCAGUCGCCCUGCUUCACGUUAAAGGGGUGAAAGAAAGAACAAAAUCUGGGGAUUUACCGAUUCAGGGAUUAACAAUCCUGUGCAGCACACAAGCACCAUGAAGAUCGCCUCCUUGCUGAUGUUUGGUGCGAGACUCGGGUGCACCGUCAGGCUUCUACUGCUGCUAUUACACUGUGUGGGAUAUUCUCAUGGGAUGCCACAUGUCUUGAGAUUUGGGGGGAUAUUUGAGUCCAUUGAAAGCGGCCCAUCAGGUGCUGAGGAACUAGCCUUUAAAUUUGCUUUAAACACAAUCAACAGGAACAGAACCUUACUGCCAAACACCACGCUCACCUACGACAUCCAAAGGAUAAACAUCUAUGACAGCUUUGAGGCCUCCAGAAAAGCCUGUGACCAGCUUUCUUUGGGGGUGGCAGCCAUCUUUGGUCCCUCACACAGUUCCUCUGCCAAUGCAGUCCAGUCCAUUUGCAAUGCACUGGGGGUGCCACACAUCCAGACCAAGUGGAAGCACCAGGUGUCAGACAAUAGAGAUGUCUUCUACGUCAGCCUCUUCCCAGACUUCUCCUCCCUCAGUCGAGCCAUCCUAGACCUCGUCCACUUCUUCAAGUGGAAGACGGUCACGGUGGUUUAUGACGACAGCACAGGUCUUAUUCGGUUGCAAGAACUUAUUAAGGCGCCAUCCCGGUACAACAUCCGGUUAAAGAUCCGACAGCUGCCUGCGGACACUAAGGACGCCAAGCCGCUCUUAAAGGAGAUGAAGAGGGGGAAGGAGUUCCACAUCAUCUUUGACUGCGGCCAUGAAAUGGCUGCUGGGAUCCUGAAGCAGGCUCUUGCCAUGGGGAUGAUGACAGAGUACUAUCACUAUAUCUUCACCACACUGGAUCUGUUUGCGCUGGAUGUGGAGCCUUACCGAUACAGUGGUGUGAACAUGACGGGCUUCAGGAUCCUCAACACUGAGAAUAGCCAAGUGGCCUCAAUCAUCGAGAAAUGGUCCAUGGAGCGACUGCAGGCACCCCCGAAACCUGACUCUGGUCUACUGGACGGCUUCAUGACCACGGACGCCGCGCUGAUGUACGAUGCUGUACAUGUGGUGGCCGUGGCUGUGCAGCAGUCUCAGCAGAUCACCGUCAGCUCAUUACAGUGCAACCGACACAAGCCUUGGCGCUUCGGGAACCGCUUCAUGGCCCUCAUCAAAGAGGCUCACUGGGAUGGCCUGACUGGGAGAAUCAAUUUCAACCGGACCAAUGGCUUGAGGACAGACUUUGACCUUGAUGUCAUCAGUCUAAAGGAGGAGGGGCUUGAGAAGAUUGGUACCUGGGAUCCUCCAAGUGGCCUGAACAUGACCGACAACCAGAAGGGGAAGACAACCAACGUGUCUGAUUCCCUAUCCAAUCGAUCUCUGAUCAUCUCUACCAUACUGGAGGAGCCAUAUGUGAUGUUCAAGAAGUCUGACAAGCCGCUGUACGGGAAUGACCGCUUCGAGGGCUUCUGUAUAGACCUGCUGAGGGAGCUGGCCAACAUCCUUGGCUUCACUUACGAGAUUCGUCUAGUGGAAGAUGGGAAAUAUGGCGCCCAGGAUGAGAACACAGGCCAGUGGAACGGGAUGGUGAAGGAGCUAAUGGACCACAGAGCUGAUCUGGCAGUGGCUCCCCUCGCCAUCACAUACGCACGCGAGAAGGUUAUUGACUUCUCCAAGCCCUUCAUGACGCUGGGUAUAAGUAUACUGUACCGCAAGCCCAACGGGACCAACCCUGGGGUCUUCUCCUUCCUCAACCCCCUCUCGCCUGAUAUCUGGAUGUAUAUUCUGCUGGCUUACUUGGGUGUCAGUUGUGUGCUGUUUGUCAUAGCCAGGUUUAGUCCCUACGAGUGGUAUAACCCCCACCCUUGCAACCCUGACUCGGAUGUAGUGGAAAACAAUUUCACCCUGCUAAAUAGUUUCUGGUUCGGAGUUGGAGCUCUCAUGCAGCAAGGAUCUGAGCUCAUGCCGAAAGCCCUCUCCACAAGAAUUGUAGGAGGAAUUUGGUGGUUUUUCACGCUCAUCAUCAUCUCCUCCUACACGGCAAACCUGGCUGCCUUCCUCACUGUGGAGAGGAUGGAGUCGCCCAUCGACUCUGCCGAUGACCUGGCCAAGCAGACGAAGAUAGAGUAUGGGGUUGUAGAGGAUGGCGCCACCAUGAACUUCUUUAAGAAAACCAAGAUCUCUACGUACGAUAAGAUGUGGGAGUUCAUGAGCAGUCGGAGGCACUCGGUGAUGGUGAAGAACAUUGAGGAGGGCAUUCACCGCGUGCUCACCUCUGACUACGCAUUCCUCAUGGAGUCCACCACCAUCGAGUUCGUCACACAGCGCAACUGCAACCUGACCCAGAUCGGAGCCCUGAUCGACUCCAGGGCCUACGGUGUCGGAACCCCAAUGGGCUCUCCGUACAGAGAUAAGAUCACUAUUGCCAUCCUGCAGCUUCAGGAGGAAGGGAAGCUGCACAUGAUGAAGGAGAAGUGGUGGAGAGGAAAUGGCUGUCCAGAAGAGGAGAGUAAGGAGGCCAGCGCCCUCGGAGUGCAGAACAUCGGAGGGAUCUUCAUCGUCCUCGCCGCCGGACUUGUCCUCUCCGUGUUUGUGGCUGUGGGGGAGUUCAUCUACAAGUCCAAACAGAAUGCACAACUUGAAAAGGCCCAAUGGCGACAACGAGAUAAGAAACAGGUCCUUCUGCAGUGCUGUGGUGGACGAGCUGCGGGUUUCCCUCAAGUGCCAGCGCCGGCUCAAACACAAGCCCCAGCCACCUGUCAUGGUGAAAACGGAGGAGGUCAUCAACAUGCACACUUUCAACGACCGCAGACUGCCAGGGAAAGAGACCAUGGCCUAAAAUCUCAAUCACUAACUCACCCUCACUCUUGCAGUGAGGAGUUGUGCAGAGACACUGGGGAAAUGGGAAGGGGUAAAUGGUAAGGGGGGGGGGCAACGGGUUGCUUUGGCUGAUAGUUUGGUUAUUUCAAAGGUAGAGCAGAGGUGCUUGGGUGUUUAUUGGGGAAAUAUCAUUCUUGUUUCUUUAAAAAAUUAGCUAGGGAUAAGAGAUUCAACAAUAUUUCCUGUGGAAAUAACUUGAACCUGGGUAAAUUUUCAGUGAGUUACCUCAUUGCUCUUAGCACCUUGGCAAGGCGGCAAAGGAUUUUCAAAACCCAGGAGUUGAAGAGGUAGUCUGGGAAUAAAUUUAAAUUGGGAUAGAAGUGGUCAAUGAUAAAAAAUACAAAAAACAAAUUGGGCUUAUAAUCCUCAGCGGCUGCUCAGUGAGUCUUUCACCGCACACUUCAAAAGAGGCUGGUUGAGCAGCCUCCAGAGCAUCUCAAUAACGAUGGGUGAACAAACUAAGGAGGGGAGUGGAGGGAAAUGUCUGUACAGGAUGUGUUUGGUUUUAUUUUCAAGAGUUGCGAAGAGAGUGACCACAGCAGUUAUUGACUAAAUGAAACCCAAAGCCCCGAAAACGAUGACGACCUCGGCAGCUCCCAAAAUGUACAGAGAGGCAUUGCUUGGUUGCAUAUGAUAUUGAUUGACAUCAGAAAUGGAUAAACUGUAUAUCAUCCAUCAGGCAAUAAGUGAUAUCAUUUAUUUGUGUUUCAGAGUACUAACACUUUGUCUUUAAUGUGGGGGGGUGGGGGGAUUUUAAGAUUUAAGAUUAUAUGGUAAAAUUCAAGCAGAAAAUGCAGGAGUAGGGCAAUGUAGUGACCUGUUGAUGUCCAUGUAUCAGCCAGUAGUCAUAUGAGGAGGAUUCUGUGGAAGUACACACACCCUUAAUAUCAACGAGGCGGAACCUUGGAAUGUCUAAAUUCACAGCAAUCACACAACACACAGACUCUAUUUAUUCUAAGUAUUUAUUGUUUAAUUUAUGAUACUCAUUAUUUAUAUCUCUAUGGACUGGAUUUUCACUACUGCAGUAAAUACACCUCAACUCUGUAUGGGUAUAUACACGGUUUCUUUCCGUUUGCGCAGUAUCAAGUGUCCAGUUUCAUUUUGUACUCCUGUGGCUUUAUUUUCUUUUUUUGGCAGCAAAGCCCCACAUUUACUUGCGCAAAUGCAAUUUCUAUGAAAAAAAAAAAGUGUUUUUGUACGAAGAGAAUCAAAUUUUGUAAUGAUUUUUAUCAACACAAAAUGCUCCAUGAAGAGUGCCAUCCAUGGCAGAGAGGGGGUUCUCCACACCAGUAUUUCAGGAGGCUUUCUUAGACACUAGACAAAGCUGACACACACUUAAAACACACACACACACGAGUGCAGGGUGCACCCACUCUCCAUGGAGCAGAUUCACAGCAAUUAGUACUGUUCUCCGGUAGAGAGACAGAACAUUCUGGUCAAGCAUCAGUGACGUUGUGUAUGGAGAAGAAGAAGAAAAAAAAAAAGAAACUAUUUUUUAUCAUGUAAAGGAAUCAUAUUUAAAGAAAGAUAUUUUUACUUCACAUGAAAGAAGAGUAUUGAUAAUACUGGUUAGAGCAACUAUACAGUGUACACACACACACACACACACACACACACACACACAGAGGAAGGGAGGGAGACGGCUGAUGAUGCUUAUCAUUCUACACCCCUGAUUACUGAUAGACUGCUAGAGUCCAG